GCUUGCUUCGCUAUCCCUCCCAUUCUUUCGCAACGCCGCAAACGUCGACUCUUCUCCUUCUCUUCCUUGAACCUCGAAAUUUCAAAAGCUUCUUCUCUUCUCUGAGUUCAGCAAGCAGGAGAGCUCAAAAAAAAUAAAAAUAAAAAUGGCGAAAUAUGGGGAAGGUGACAAACGCUGGAUCGUGGAAGACAGACCAGACGGCACCAACGUCCACAACUGGCACUGGGCCGAGACCAACUGCCUCGAAUGGUCUCGCAACCUCCUUAGCAAGCUCCUUUCCGACCUAACCAUCGUGGAUGGCGAGGGCAACCUCUACAUCAAGACCAAGGAGGUCGACAAGGUUGAGGGCGAGGCAUUCAUUAACAUUCGCAAGGGAAAGAUUAUCCCCGGUUACGAGAUUAGUGUCUCCUUGUCCUGGGAAGGCGAGGCCCGUGACGCCGACGGCAAAUCCCUCCUCAAGGUCGACGGCUCCGUCGAAAUCCCUUACAUUGCCGAUGAGAACGCUGACGAAGACCCCGAAAUCAAAGUCACUGUCAUGGACGAAGGUCCCAUUGGAAGGAGAAUCAAGGACGCGUUCCUUUCUAAGGGGAAACCCAUUGUGUUGGAGAAAGUUAGGGUUUACGUUCAGAGUAUGGCUAAAGGUGGUCCUGCCAAGGAGGAAUUGGAGAUCAAGAAGCCUUCCACCAACGAGUCUUCUUCAUCACCGGCGGCCAUCGCUCCUUCCACAGCCACCGCCACCUCUACCGCUACCCCUACCCCUCCUGCUCAGACGAAGAAGGACACUAAGGGUAAGAAAGGGUUCAAGUCGAUUUCUUUGACUGAGAAGUUCCAUUGUCGGGCCAAGGACAUCUACGAGAUCAUGAUGGAUGAGAACAGGUGGAAAGGGUUUACUCAGAGUAACGCGAAGAUUAACAGGGAAGUCGGGGGACAGUUUAGUCUUUUUGACGGUUCAAUCACGGGGAUCAAUCAGGAGUUGCAGGAGGGUAAGCUGAUCGUUCAGAAGUGGAGGUUCGGCAGCUGGCCUGAUGGGAUACAUUCUAUGGUACGCCUUACAUUUGAUGAGCCGGAACCAGGUGUCACCAUUGUCAAGCUGACGCAGACUGAUGUUCCUGAAGAAGACAGAUAUGGUAACUCCACUGUUGUUGAGAACACGGAGAGAGGGUGGCGGGACCUUAUAUUCUACAAGAUACGCGCAGUUUUUGGCUUCGGAGUCUAAAAAUUUCACCAAAAUAUGCCGGCGCAAUGUAGAAUCUCAAAACCAGUCUUGUCUUUGAGUUUUACAGUUUAAUAUAAAGGCCCAAUGAUUAUUUAAUGUGAAUGGUUGGUGCUAUAUGCUGUGGACGACAGUUGAUUUGCUUGUUCAUGUCUCUUCAAAGAACAACUGUUUAUUGUUCUUAAGUCUGUCUUGAACCAUUUUCAUGUAAUUUAAUUCAUGGUAGCAUAUGAGGCCUGAUAAAGCAUUUUGUUGGUGUUUAUGGAAAGGUCAUCUUUGUCUUUUGAGGGUGCUUCAUAUUAUAU